AUGGCUACUGUAUUUUCAAGUCGCACAACUCUUGCACCGGCGAUGGCACCGGCAGAAAAACCCGAAAAGUUUUUCGGUGUGGACUUUAAGCGUUGGCAUUGCUUGAAAGAUGACUUGUACAAUGCUUAUAACGUCAUGAAAACAUCAAGAGAAUUAUGGAAUGCUCUUGAAAAGAAGUACAAGAUUGAAGAUACUGGACUUAAUAAGUUUGUAGCUGCCAAAUUUCUGGAUUUCAAAAUAGUUGACGACAAACCUGUUAUAACGGAAGUCCAAGAAUUGCAAGACUUUAAGAAUUACUUGAAACAUAAGCGCAAUGAGAUGACGCUUGAAGACCUUAUUGUUCGUCUACGGAUUGAAGAGGACAACAAGGCUGCUGGGAAGAAGUACCGUGUUAAAUCAACAAUAAUGGAAGCAAAUAUUAUCGAGGAAGUGUCUACAAGUAAUAAAAAGAGAAAGAAGUCGUCUGGUCCAAAGAAUUACCCGAGCAAGAAGAAGUUCAAAGGGCCCGACGAGACUAUUUUUAUGGGAAACUUUGCAACAGCAAAAAUUGAAGGAGUUGGGAAGAUAACUUUGAAGAUGACUUCGGGAAAAAUUGUGACUCUAAACAAUGUUCUUCAUGUUCCUGGAAUUCACAAGAAUUUGGUGUUAAUAGCGUUAGCCACCGUGUAUGGUCUUGAAAUCCAUCAGAUGAAUGUGAAGACAACCUUCCUAAAUGGAGACUUGGAGAAAGAAAUUUAUAUGGAACAACCUGAAGGGUUCAUGAUUUUCGGAAAAGAAAAGAAGGUCACUAUGGCGGUAACUCUACCUAGAAGACUGGAGAUCCCAAAACCUAGAGUCGUCGCUCGGCUUCGGCUUCGGCUUCAGAUUCGGAUUCAGAUUCAGAUUUGA